GCGAAGUGUCCGGGGUCACGGAUAAAGGGGGAUGCAGUUGCUGAUAGGAUACAGGAUACGAGAACGCAGUUUCGCCAGUGCGGCCGAGGUUCAGGUUUCCAGAGGAAAAGGGGAAGACGUUCGAGGGCCUUUUCCCUUUUCCUGGAAUUUUAUCUGUCUGCCGGGAGGAUACCUUCUCCUGUUGAGGGUACCAGAGGACGAGGCUGUAAUACCGGCAGGUCUAAGAUAAGAGAAGACGCGGGCAGGGAGAGGAGUUCGUCCGUCACUACGGCGAAAUUCCGUCCGCAAUCUCUGUAGGAAUCUUUGGUAUUUCAGUAGCGAACCGGUGUGUAAGUAUAACCCUCCGGUGUACAGGCUUACUUCUCUUAGCUGGCAGCCUCGUGAACUUCGUGAAAGACGCGCGAGAAGGUCAGCCGGAUGUGCUUUGCCCGGAUAGACAGGAAGUGACAGAGUCUCGUGGCUGUUGGUUCGAAAGCGUCAGGAUGAUGUGCAACGAUGUGUUCGACUGAAAGUCCGAAGGAGAUUAAACUAUCUUUCGUUUGGAUCGAGAGGAUCCAGUGAAGAGGAAGAGGAAACUGAUAGUGUCGUUUGAUUAGUGUGCAGUGCGGACAAUUAUUUAACGUGGGUGCAGCAUGGUAGGAAUCAAGAUGUCGAUCGUGUUGCUGAGCAUUUUGCUGAUUGGACAUCAUGUUCAAGCAGUAGUCAAUAAGGCGCAGCCACAAACGUCUGUCAAAGGCGAGGAAGAUAAACAAAACGAAAUUAAAGCUGAUGAUAGAAUAAGUAAUUCUUAUGGUCCACCAGCUGAUGAUUAUGGACCACCAAUUGGGGCAAAUUUGAAGGGACCAGCUCCAGUUUACGGUCCGCCAGAACUAGUAGGUGAUCAAGGACCUACGCCUAUAUAUCCCCCUCCACCGCCAGAAAUAUCGUUACCGGUAUAUGGGCCACCAUUGUCUUCCUACGGACCUCCACGGAACAUCAAACCAUUCUACGGUCCACCGAAACAAAGUUACGGUCCUCCAUUGUCUCCUUUGCCCUCGAAACUGAGCUUUGGCUCGCUGAAGCUUCACUACGGGCCACCGAAGCAACACUACGGACCGCCAUAUUCCUUCGGCUCGUUUAGGCCACCGAAGCCUCAGUAUGGUCCUCCAUUGAAAUUCACUUCCGGCGUGUCUAAUCAAUUCAUCGCAUCGUCGGGUCACAGACCAACGAAACCGGUACUCGAGACCUCCGUCUCCCUACCUCUGAACACAUACGAACCCCCUCAGAAACUCGCCGUCCAGUUUAAUCGCCAACCGAACGACGAAUAUGGACCACCACCGCCACCAGCGAUUUCGGCUGUGCCUGAAUCUCAAUAUGGACCACCGACCAGUGACUUGUACGUACCCCCUCCGCCGGUUCCUCCGCCAGGUGUCCCAGCACCACCUACGCCACCUGACAUCAAGUACGACGGCUGGCAGCCCAUUGCUGGGUUGAGCAAUCAGCACGGACAGCCUUCGAACACCUAUGGUCCUCCGUCGAACGAGCCCAAGACGGUAGAAGGUUCCUCCUCGAACUUGCAGGACAAUCCAAACGUGCCCAGCGAUUCCUAUGGGGUUCCGAUACACAAUCCUGAAGCUCAAGAUUUAAAGACCUCUGUGAAAUUGGGUGCCAAUGAAAAUGCGGGAUUACCACCGCCAUCACUGCCCGAGUACGAACCAUUCCAUAAUGAAAAUCAGAAUCCACCGAAGAAGGACCUACCUGAGAAGAUUGUAUCUGGUCCAGUUAAUCUGCAGUACGAGGUGCCUAAAGUUGAACCACUGCCUCUCAUCAAAACAGUUGGAUUCGAGCUCCUACCGACAGUUUCGCCGUUAUCUUCGGAUCUGUCUGGUUUAAAAUUACCAGUGCUGGAUAGUGUUCCUCAUUUUAAUCUUGGAUUCGGAGACACCCAUGCGUUUCAGAGUUUAGGAAACGAUUUGUCGUUGGGUCAAUUCUCAGCCAAUGGACUAUCUAAUAGUUAUGGUCCUCCAUUGGCAGGUGUAUCCUUCGGAAAACUGAACUCUAUUGAAUCUGGCAUACCUUUGCCUCCACCUCCUCUACUGGACACCUACAGUUUCCCUCCUCUCUCUUCGUUCUCGCCCAAUGAACCAUAUCAGUCCGCGGAAGCAGGUCGGGCGUCGUCGUUUUCUUCUUUCGGUCUGCACGGCAGUUCGCUUUUUAAGCAGAACAUACAUCAUCAUCGUCCUCAUGGCGCGUUCAGGUCUCCCCCGCCACUUCCUGGUUCUCUGAUACCGCCUCGUAAUCGCGAGCCAAUCAAGUUCAAAGAACCCAUCCCCAGCGGAUUGUUGACCAACCUGAAUCGCUAUGUACCACCACCGAGACACGCUGACUUGGCCAAAUCACCAAAAACGUUCAUUUCAACUUUGUCGUUUGAACAGCAAUUGCCUAGCUUAAGCGCUCCAGUGGCGUUCCAGAAAUUACAGAACCUCGGCUCAAACUCGCCGAUAGCAGCACCGAACGCCCAGUACGGGACGCCGUUAUCCUUUAGUGAUUUCAACACCCCUGCACCGGUAUUGACAUACGGGGCGCCAAACUUUGGUCCGGCUUCUUCUUUCGUCUCGACCUCCACCAAUUUCGGGAACAAUCUCUACGACAGCAUUGGCAAUACCAUAACCACCACCUAUGGCACUCCUGUAGUGAGUUUACCACUAUCGACAGGCGGUGGUCACGAUUGUGGCUUCCAACAGACGGGCACAGGUACGCAGUACAGUUUCAAGGAUACUGGCAACUACCUGGCCAACUCAGGACCUCAGCUGCACAGCUUUGGUGCAGCUUUGUCAGGCCAGUCUCUUUCCUCCGAUUUGAGCCAGAACUUCAAGGUAGGCUCGCUGGGUCUGCCUCAAUCGGUCAGCCAACUGAACCUGGAGAGUUACGAACAGCCCAAGACGAAUCUGAAGGACAGUUACGGCAAUCCUGUAGGAGUACAGACCGCUCCCGAGCAGUCGGAUAACAUCCUGGCCAGUGACCAUAGCCAGUCGCCCGAUGUGGCUAAUGUAAUUUCGGCUCCUCCUGUCACGCAGUUCCAAGACUCUUCCUUCUCUUCGAGUUCUCAGGACAACGGCAUAAGGGCGGAAGCACUAACAGCCAGUUUAAGCGAGCAGGGAUUCGGUCAAGCUAAGAAUCUUGGCUCCAACGAGGUGGAUGCUAGCCAGUUCUUGAACAGCCAGGAGGGCAGUGAAGCUUUGUCUUUGGCCAAGGGAUUAACAUCGAGCGGAGGUGAUGGUUUCGAGGUUCAGGGCUCUAAGGGAACGUACAUGCUUCAGAUCCAGGCUGCUGAUGGUGGAUUAGGCACCGAGAACUCGGACGGUAGCAUCAGACACGACCAGGUCCUGUCCAAUGGACUUCUGCAGGACAUCCUCGCGGCCAUUGAACAACCGGAACAAGGACAGGUACAGGUUCAAGGUCAUCCCGAGGUGCAGUCGUUACAACACUUGUACAGUAAUUUAGCGGAACCUAGGAACGCGGAUAUCCCCAAAGGACAUUACAUCACUGUUGAGGAGGGAUCAGGGAAGAAGGAUAUCGGUGAAUUGGCCGAACUGGCCAGCGACAGGAGCGAGAGUGAAUUUAAUAAAGCAGACGCUUCGAAGAAGGAAGCUGUUGCUCUUUUCUUCAAUAAUCAAUACAGUGACUCCCGGAAGGAGACCAGGUCAGUAGCGAAACGCGAGAAAGUAGGUGCCUCGGAGAAUGCAAAAGGUGCGAGUAAAGAGAAGUCUUCUUAACCUCUUCAGAAGACAUAACAGUAAGGUACAAUAAUAUAAUUUCCUCUCAAUCCUAUCUCAAGCUGGAGAUAGGAAAUCAUAUCCGGUGAAAUCAUUUUUGGUGAUUUGAAGUGAUUGAUAGCCUAAAAUUACCGAGUUAACAAUUUCACAGGAUAUGUGUUUUUCGGCAUAAAAUCAUAAAAGGCAUUGAUUCCAUGAAAUAUGUAGCCAUCGAAGUGUCAAAUUGUUAAAAUUUCUACGAUUUCCAAUCACUUCGACAUUUCGAUUUUUUCUAUUGUGUUGUUUCCAGUCAAAGAUUACACUCCUCUAUCGAGUGCAACGAAAUGUAGGUUUAGUUGCAUUUCACGUGGAAAUUAGAGAGACAAAGCUGUAAUUUGCUUAACUUCUUCGCUCGUCCAGGAAACGAAAGACAUAAUCAUUUGUUGGCUAACGCAUCGAUGACCGGUUAUGACGCAAAGCGUCCACUUUACUCAACAAAUUCUCGUUCCUUAUUUAAACAACGAUUACAUAAGCCAGGCGUGAAAUGUUGAAUCUCCCAUUCGCUAAAAGGUAGACGGUUAUCGAUGGAUUCAAAGUCGUGAAGUGUUCUUUCGAUAGCAAUAGAAGAAUCGAAGCGUUCCACGGUCUUUUCUCGCUUGAAAACUCUUCAACGAGACAGAGAGGUUUUCUCGUGAACGAUUCGAGUAAAAGUAUCGACGUCGUCCUUUUUUGGGGACCAUUCGUGUCACGGCCAUUCGCGAACUUAGAGUCGCCUCUUUCGGCUCGUUUCAUUGACGAAUCGGUCGCAACAUCUUGCAAUACUCAUCUGGCUCGUUGGACUGCGAACUGUUGACGGUUAUCGAGCCACUUUCUUCUGUGGCGAACCUUCACCGAGGUGAAAGUUCAAAACCUUGUUCAACAGCUUCGAGUAAUAUCGCUUACCUUCUAGGGAAAAAAAAAGAAUCUCGUUUUCGAGUGAAACGCAUUGCUCGAGUUUUGCAUACCUUUGUCACGAUAACAGGUAGAUAUGUAUAUAUCUAGUCCGUUGCUCUUUAUGGAAUACGUUAUACCAGUUAUCCACCGGAGAGAAUGAGAUCUUACGACUUUAUUCACUUUCAUGUUGAUUAGCUGUGGAAGCGUUACUUUUUCCUUCGAUACUAAAUUCUUAUCUUCUAACGCGUUGAUGCGAUGGAGGACCUCACAGCAAGAGGAGUGCAGUUUCGUUCUAACCCGUUCGCCUAGCGAUUUAACCCCUUGCAAUUUUUUCGAUACUUGCAUCAGUCAGAGCUAACUAUUUAUUGCUUCAAUUUUAGAACAAAUAAAGAAAAAUAAAAAAUCACCUGUACAUAGCAUUCAACGAUCCUUGGUUGAGGAAAUUGUAAUUAGAAUUAAACUCAAAAUUUAACCAUACUAAAAGUACCAACCAAAUUUAAUGCAUUUGAAUUGUAAGUUGCGUCACGAGUGUGACACGACGUUGCAGGGCAAGGGGUUAAUAGGUCUUCUAUUAUGAAAAAUUUGCCAAGAAUAGAAAUAAAAAUUUAUCAACUCGGUAACUAAUUAAAUCAAAGCAAUAAUUUGAUAAACGUUGAAAAUGGUAAAAUGAUAAAAAUGGAGCUGCAUCCCAUCUUAUAAGUGUAAUUAUAUUAUUGUUCCAAUACUUUCAUGCGUAUCUGUAUAGUAAUUUCCUGUAUUAGCAGAGCUAGAUCAAAUUCUACUUUUUCUAAGUGAAAGCGUUUUGAGGCACAAGUACCCAAAGAUACACGAGUCAGUCGUAUAUAGAGAAGCAGUAAAACUCUGUCGUCCGGUACGGUUGAUAACCGACGCGAUCACAUGCUGAAAUAUAUAACCUGGGCCAGAAAUAUAGGUAAUAAAAUGUUAACGCGUUUCGCAUGCAAGGCAGGCGACGUUCAUCGACGCCGGGUUUUAACGCCGUUGCGUUAUCAACGACGCACACGUCUCGUAUUCAGAGUAAUCUUGAAACUUCUUGUACUUUUAUAGUGCUGCUAGGUCGAAUGGUUAUGCAUAACUUGGUGUAUUGCGGAUACGUUAAAAUAAGUAGAGCGUAUAUAAGCUUAGGGAGACGCUCGGUUGUUAAGAAACACGCAGCUACUAAGCUGCCAAGCCAUAAAACAUGUCAAUUUCCUUCUAACUCCUAUUGUUCUUCCUUCUCUUUAUCUCCCUUUUUAUACUUUAUAUGUAAUUUAAUUUAUUGCUUUAUAUAAUAAGACAGUGUCCUGUGCGAUGACGUAUCGUUCACGUUGGUUAACAAAUUAAUUGCCACAAUUAGUCAUCGAUGGUUCAACGUUACAAACAUGAAAUUUCAUUAAUCACAUGGCAAUUAUUGUUAAAGUGUAUUGUUUUUCAGGGUGGUAAUUAAGGUGUUAAGAGAUCGAUUUUGUCAUUCGUUCAACUGUGCGACUGUACUUUUUAUAUUAUGCGUGCAUUUACUAUGUUAAGCGUGUAAAUAU